GGAAGAGGCGGAGGGGCGGGGUUUGGUGACAGGCGAAGGUGCAGACACCGGUGUGUGUCAGUGCGAGUAGCCGGGCUGUCAUCAUCAUCAUUAUGUGGGUGUUCGGCUACGGCUCGCUCAUCUGGAAGGUGGACUUCCCCUACGAGGAGAAGCUGGUGGGCUACAUCACCUGCUACAGCCGGAGGUUCUGGCAGGGCAGCACCGACCACCGGGGGGUCCCCGGGAAGCCUGGAAGAGUGGUCACACUUGUGGAAGAUCCAGAGGGCUGUGUAUGGGGAGUUGCUUACAGGCUGCCAGAGGGAAAGGAGGAUGAAGUCAAAGCGUACCUGGAUUUCCGAGAGAAGGGCGGCUACAGGACUACGACUGUUGUCUUUUACCCCAAAGAUCCUUCCAUAAAACCGUUCAACGUCCUUCUCUAUAUCGGAACCUGUGAAAACCCCAACUACCUCGGCCCCGCUCCCUUAGAAGACAUCGCAGAGCAGAUUCUCUACGCCGUCGGCCCCAGCGGAAAAAACACAGAAUACCUGUUUGAACUCGCCAAUUCACUCAGGGACCUUGUACCAGAAGAUGCAGACGAGCAUCUCUUCUCCUUAGAAAAGCUGGUGAAAGAACUUUUGGAGAGACACCAAAAUAUGAAUUGUAUAUGAUAGGAAAACUAUAUAGGAACCUUAUUCAAAAGCUAGGUACCGGUGUAUAUAUUGGGCUUUGAAGUGUCCGAAACAUGAACAGUCCAAGCCGCUGCUUCGCUGCAGACCUGCCCCAAAAACCACUGCUUGACGAUGGAAAAUUCUGGUGGCUAGGGGGUCACAGACAGUUCUUAUUUCAGACACUGAGAAAUAAGUCCUCUACGUGUAUCUAGCUUUAUUUAUGCUUAGAAAUAGCUAGUGAUAUAGUUAUUUAUUUUAUGGUUAUAAAACCUAGUAUGUGAGACCACAUAUUAAAGGGUGAGGCAUCUUUUACUUACAUAUUAAAGGGUGAGGCAUCUUUUACUUACAAA